GUUCCUUCAUGUCUGACACGCUGUAAAGCAAACGGACCAAUCAGGAGCCGCGUUGUUCAGCAAUAUCCAAUAGCAGCAGCUCUUGUUGACGCUCGGAGUGGGAAGGGCAGAUUGUUGCAGCUGUAGAGUUGAUAUCACUGAGCGCACAUCCACCUUGUGGAUUAAAUAAUAUCAUACAUACUAAGAGUAGCGAGUAUCUGCUGCUGCUGGAGUGUGGAUGGGGGGAAACAGUCCGAGUCACCUCCCAGGAGAGGAGGGUGGAGGAGUCAAUUUUGUGAAGGGCAUUCGGCUGUCAGACAAAGUGAUCCAUCGGAUGAAGGAGUCUAAGGUCGUCGCUCCUGCACCUUCACAGAAACCACGUCCUCCUCCACCUGAAACACAAACACCACCUCCCGUUCCCCCCCCCUCAGUCAAACACGUACUCCCUCUCCUGACACCUCCACCUCCGUUCACCCCCCCACAACAAACUCUUGAAGCCCCAUCCCUUCCUCCAUCAGUGGAACUGGCUCCUCCUGUAAAACUCGUACUUCCACCUCCUGUGAAGUUUCACUCCCUGCCAGAAGCUCCACCUCUAGCUGACCCUGUUCUCUCCUCUCCACCUCCGCCUACUGCACCUCCACAAGUAGAUGCACCUGUGGAGUCUCCUGCUCCACCCGCUGUAGUGGAGCCAGUAGUCCCAACUCCAUUUGAAUCCUUCCUCCGACCUCAUGUAGAGCCAGAAACCCUGUCUCCACCUCCAGUAGCAGAACCUGUUGUCAUACCUCCACCUGUGGACUUGGCUGUUGCUCCACCUGAACCUCUAGCUUCCCCUCCGCCCUCUGAAACACCUGCUGCUGUAGCUCUGUCUGUUGAACCUCUUCAUUCUGCUUUACUGUCUGCUCCACCAGAGGAAACGGGUCAGGCUCCACCCACUGUUGAAUUAACCCCAAUAACACCACCCUGUCCUGUUGAGGCUGCAGUCCCUCCUGCUGCAGCUUUUGAUUUAACGCCUGCAUGUGAAACGCUUCCACCUCCAUCACCUCAAGAGCUGCUGGAAGCACCCACUCCUCUUUUUGAGUCAGUGGCAGCUCCAUCUUCUCCACCAGAGUAUGUGGCAGCACCAUCUACUCUGUUAGAGUCCAUUGCACCACCCUGUUGUCCACCAGAGCCAAUGACAGCACCAUCUCCUACCUUAGAGCCCAUUGCACCACCCUGUUCUCCACCAGAGCCAAUGACAGCACCAUCUCCUACCUUAGAGUCGCUGGCAGCUCCCUGUCUUUCACUAGAGCUUGUGGCACCACCAUCUCCUGCCCCGGAGCCGGUGGCCCCACCCACCCCUCUUUUAGAGCUGGUAACAGCACCACCUACUCCCACUGAGACGGUGGCACCGUCUGCCCCUCUUGUAGAGUCUGUUGCACCACCUGCUCCUCUCCCAGAGCCAGUGACAGCACCAGCUCCUCUUUUGGAAUCUGUGGUGGCACCUUCCCCUCCCCCAGAGAUUGUGGAAGCACCCUCUCCUACUCCAGAGCAGGUGGAAGCACCCUCUCCUCUUUUAGAGUGUGUUGCACCACCCACUCCUCUCCCAGAGCCAGUGACAGCACCAGCUCCUUCCUUAGAUUUGGUGGCGGCACCUUCCCCUCCCCCAGAGAUUGUGGAAGCACCCUCUACUACUCCAGAGCAGGAGGAAGCACCCACUCCUCUACCAGAGCCAAUGGCAGCCCCUCUAGAGCUUGUUGCAGCACCAUCUUCUCCCCUGGAGCCAGAAGCACCACCCUCUCCUCUUUUAGAGUUGGUUGCUGCACCCUGUCCUCCCCCCGAGGCCCUGGCGGCACCUUCACCUCCCCCAGAGCUCACUUUUGAAGAGCCCUCCCCUCCCUGUCACUGUGUGGAGUUGGCUCUUGUACCCUCUGAUGCACCUGUAAGCCAUUCCUUCGUCGAGCCUCUGGCACCACCUCCACCUCCACCUGCUCCUGCUCCACCUGUUGAGGAGCCCACCCUGACGGUGUUUCUGCCCCCUGCCGUUGAGGCUGAAGUUCCUGCUGUAGCCUCAGCAGCUCCACCUGCAGCAGCCCCACCUCCUCCUCCUGAGGUGGUGGAGGAGAACCUCAGGCAGAAGAUCAAAGAGGAGAUGCAGAUGAGUCUGGAGGAGGAGAUCUACCAGAGGAGGCAGGAGCUGCAGCGACAGCUGGACGAGAUAAGGGCUCAGGCUCAUGCAGAGGCCCUGUCAGCCGCUAAGACGCAGGUGGAGAAGCAGGUGAUGAAGACGCUGCAGGCGGAGAAGGCGGCGUACGUGGAGAACCUGACGGAGGCCAUCGCGAAGGAGCGAAUAAAGACUGACGAUGAGAGGCUGAUGGUGCAGCUUUACCGGAUGGAGGUGAAGGCUCAUCAGCUGGAGGAGCGGGAGAAAGAGCUGAGGAAACGAGACGCUCUCUACAGGGAACACGUCUCAAAACUUGAAAAAAAGUGCACUGAGUUUUAUAAAGUGACGGCUGAGAGCUUCCAGAAGGGCAAACAAGACACUCACAACCGUUUUGCGUAAGUUUGGAAUCAUUGUAUUUGCAUGAAUCCAAAAAUGACGCCCAAAUGUGCCUGUCUUAAUAAUCUGGUCUUAAAGGGGACCUAGUAUGCUCAUUUGCAGGUUCAUAUUGUGGUAUCUCUACUGUGCUUCA